GACUUCUCUAGCCAUUCUGUAAUGAAGCCUUGGCUCUUCUGAGGAGAGGUUUGCUUUAAGGGAAAGUCUGGAGUGUCCCAAGGGCCCUAUUCUACUGUCCCCGUGUCUCGAAGGCUGUAAGGUGUUCAGGGCCUGCUCGCUUUCCCUCAUGGAGUGGUAGGGGCACGGAGGAGUCUCUGUGGCCAGCGGGAGAGCUCACUGCUAAAGGCUCUUACAAAGCCUGGUUGAGCUUCAUCCCACGGUGGGAGAGAAGACCUGGGGAAGGUCUCUGAGGGGUGUGGCUUUGCUCUGGAGGGAGCUGACUUCCAGUUGCUUUGUUUCGGUCCUGAGUCCCUUAGAUCUUAGUGUUCUCUCUUUUUUUUAAUUUAUUUUAUGUACAUGAGUACACUGUAGCUGUCUUCAGACACACCAGAAGAGGGCGUCAGAUCCCAUUACAGAUGGUCAUGAGCCACCAUGUGGUUGCUGGGAAUUGAACUCAGGACCUCUAGAAGAGCACUCAAUGCUCUUAACCACUGAGCCAUCUCUCCAGCCUCCAUCUUGGUGUUCUCUGGUGUCUGGGAUGGGUUUUUCAGGUCUGUCUGCCUAUGGGGGAUCUGUCCCUAAUACCCCUACAAUUCUGAACCUAGGACUUGUAAGGAGCAAGCAGGUGGCCCAGGACUUUGUCACUGUCUUGGGAAGGAAGUAGGCUGUCUGUCAGCUGGCUAGGUCCAGGCUUCUCAGGAAGUGACUGAGACCUACACUAAGGACGUCCCUUACACUUGGCCAGUCUGUUGACUCGCACUCCUAAAUUUCCAAAAAGUGGUAUCUGUGAUGGGGGAGGGGCAUGCGUGCGCUGCAGCGGGAGUGCGGCGGCUCAGAGGCCAAGUUUGCUGGACCAGUGUGUUCUCCCACGUCACCAUGACCUGGGUUCCAGGGUGGGGCCGCAGGCUGCCAGGCCUAUCUCAUAAGUACUGUGCUCGGUGAGCCAUCUUCCCGGUCUAGUUUCUUUCUAUCUUUUUUAAAAAAACAAAUGUGCAAACUGUUUGCUGACCUGGGGAGUUUGGGAAGUCCGAGACCAGGAAUUCUGCUCCUGUGCAUGUCACUGAGAUGCUGAGGACAGCGUCUGUGUCACUGAGAUGCAAAGGUCCCUUGGUUCCUUCUCGGCAUUCACACUUCAGCGAAUCGAAGGUCUGGCUGAAGGAGGCCUGGCCUGGGCAGAGGGCAGCCCGGGCCACGCUGUUGGUUCCUCCUUCCUUGUGACCACGAGCCCUGGGUCUUCAGUGCACCUGCUGCUUCUGCUCCGAGCAGAUUUAGACAUACUCGUUUUUAGCUCUGGGGACGGAACCGUGCUAGGCACGUGCUGGGCUGAGCUGCAGCCCGCCCGCAGUCCUGCUUCACAUGGGUGAGAUCUUCAGCUCUUCAUCCAGGCCUAAUUCAUAUUCUGUCAAAUCACUCGGCUUUGUUCUGAUGGCUUCCGGCUUGCCGUGAGCAGUCACAAGGAAGCCAAACUUCCUUGGCAGAGUGCGCACGUGUUCUAAAAUAAGAGCAGACUCACUCCAAACACAGGAAAAGUCCCGAGUCUUCAAUUAAGGGGCUAAAUCCAUCCCCACAAAUGUUUUUGGGAGAGCUGAUUGCUCCGGCUCGUGCGUCACCGCAUGAGUGUGGAGAGGCGUGCAAGUUCUUAAUGGCCGUGUGCAGACCCCAAAGCAGGUGGUGCUAGGGCUUAAAAUACCCAAGAAGAGACCCUCACCCAGAAAGCACAGACUUCGGGGCCUCCAAGGAGGAUGGGUGGCUGCAGCGCAAGAGACAAGUGGCCGCCCGCCAUCGGGCUGCUGCUGCUGCUCUGGGUGGCCGCAGCCCCUGCCCUUCCCCUGGAGAGCGGUCCCACGGGCCAGGACAGUGUGCCGGAUGCCACGGAAGGGAGGAGGAGCGGCCUUCUGACCUUCCUCGCCUGGUGGCACGAGUGGGCUUCCCAAGCCGACCCCGGCACCCCUGAGCUGUCCGCGCAGCAGGAACGGCCGCCCCUCCAGCAGCCCCCACACCGGGAUAAAAAGCCCUGCAAGAACUUCUUCUGGAAAACCUUCUCCUGCAAGUAACCCCGCCUUGGCCACUGUGGAAUAGGCAACUGCAGCCAUGGCUGAAUAAAACCUGUCAGGC